CCGCUUCCUUCUUUUCUCUUUCUUUGUUUUUCUCCUCUUACUUUAAUCAAAACGUUUGGUUUAGUCUCAAACUCGUCUGCGUCUGAGGAAAAAAGAAGGAGAGAUAUGGAACAUGUAGCAGGCUUCCAUGGUUACCGCAAACUCCCAAACACAAGCUCCGGACUGAAACUAUCGGAGAUGAACAAUGGGGUAGUACCGGAAAUCAACCACUCCAACUCUGAUGACAAUGAGUGCACCGUUCGAGAACAAGACCGCUUCAUGCCCAUUGCCAAUGUUAUCCGAAUCAUGCGUAAGAUUCUUCCUUCGCAUGCAAAGAUUUCUGAUGAUGCCAAGGAAACCAUUCAAGAAUGUGUGUCAGAGUACAUUAGCUUCAUCACUGGUGAAGCCAACGAGCGCUGCCAACGUGAGCAGCGUAAGACAAUAACUGCGGAGGAUGUGCUCUGGGCAAUGAGCAAGCUGGGUUUUGAUGACUAUAUUGAGCCUUUGACAAUGUACCUCCAUCGCUAUCGUGAAAUGGAGGGUGAGCGUGGUGCUAUCAGAGGGGAGCCACUGCUGAAGAGGUCUGUGGACUAUGGAGCACUAGGUGUUGCUGCUUUUGCACCUGCAUUUCAUGUGGGACAUCAAUAUGGGUUCUUCGGGGCUGGAGGUAUGGGAGGAUAUCUCAAGGAUGCAUCCACUCCCAAUGCAGGGCCAUCUCAGGCUACAGCAGUGGCAAAUGGGGAUGCAUAUGGCCAGCAUAAAUGAGAUCAAAACAGAGAAAGAUGGACUAAUUUAUCUAGAAGAGAGACUAACUUAGGAGUUCGAGGUUGGUGUUUUAAAUCUUUCAAUUUGCACUGGUAAACUUUUUAUGUGUGUUUGUUGUGUUGGUGAUGGUGUCAUCAAUACACCAGGGACCUAUGCAUUGCAAAUUCAGUUAAGCUUUGCUGUUGGACUGAACUUGGAUAUGCCCAUGUGCUUUUGCGUUUUCCUCUGUUUUCAUUCAAU